AUGCAGCACGCCACAGGAUCGCGAUUCGAAGCUAAGCUCGCACUUCAGCUCGCAACCCCCGAAGCCACCUUCCGCUGCUCAUUGCGCGUGACCCACCAGACGUGGCAGCAGCGCGCUGCGCAAGAAUUACCUGACACCAUUGGGCCAAAGAAGGGGGUUCUUUACAGGCGCAGCGGGGAUGCCUUCCGACCCUCACCGCCAAGCCAAGCUUACAGGCAAGCGUGCUACAUCUGGGAUUACUUUCAGGCGCUUGCCUCUUCUGUAAGCGCUUGCCCCGUUCCUCUCACUCACCCCUCUGCUUCCUCACGCCCCUCUCCAUCCGCUCAACCCCUGCUCCCCUCGCCCCUCUCAGGCAUGGCCGAGGGUGACAGCGGCACAGGCAGCGCAGUAGACGCAUCUGUACACGUGGCAACGCAGCAGAACACAGGUGGGGCGGUGGACGCGAGGGUGCACGUGGCGACGCAGAUCUCGGUGCCAGGUGUCAGCCUCCCGGUCACCUUUGACGCGCUCCGCUGCUUCAGCCUUCCCCGGGCGGCGCGCAAGGCGGCGGGUGACGUGAAGGUGUGGUGGCACGGGCUCACGGGCGGCGGCACGGGCGGCGGCAGGGGCGGCGGUGGGGGAAAGGGUGGAGGUGCGGCGUGCAAGCAGCUGCGGUUUUUUGCCAACCCGGCCUGCAAGGGCAGGGCGCUGGAUGAGGUGCUGCAGCCGCAGUUUGCCGCUCUGAGGAAAUUCUUCCACGUGCCCAGGUGGGUCCUGGGUCACACGUGCCCAGGGCAGGUGAGUGAUGGGGGGAGGGCAGGUGGUGAUGGGGGGAGGGCAGGUGGUGAUGGGGGGAGGGCAGGUGGUGAUGGGGGGAGGGCAGGUGGUGAUGGGGGGAGGGCAGGUGGUGAUGGGGGGAGGGCAGGUGGUGAUGGGGGGAGGGCAGGUGGUGAUGGGGGGAGGGCAGGUGGUGGUGGGGGCGGGGGAGUGAGACGCCUCUACGGAUGCCGCAGACGUGGGCCACAAUCUUGUCCCACGCUCGUGCUUCGCUCAAAGAAGGUUGCCCAAUGGACUUCCGUCUCCUGCAAGUGUGAAAUCACCUGCCAGCACGCCACGUGUCCCGCCAACUCCACGUGCAUGCCAACGACUGACAGCAAGGCCGUCACCUGUGCAUGCAACCCGGGCUUUGCUGCCGUCAAUGGCACCUGCGUAGUGAUUCAUGCAUGGUAUGGUAGCAACUGCAAGAAGGACGCAUUUCAGUUCACUCCUUGA